AGAGACAGUGUUAUGUCUGUAAUGGUAGAUCGGAGCCAUCUUGUUUUAGUUCCGCUUUAAGUACACUAAUCAAGAUACGGCAAACGCCAUGAAAUCCCGCAUCAUGUCAUAACACACACAAAUGCAUUUCAGAUCGGACCUGAAUCGGUUUACUGCGGAAGAGUAGAAGCGGGCCCCGUUUUGCUUUGAUUCCCAGAUCGUGGCUGAGUGUUAGGUCGUUUUCUCGGUUUACAUUUUCUCGGUGUUCCUACUAUGAAUGGAGGAUAAAUGUUGCCGAAGUCUGACAGCAGCAGUUUCGUCCUUCUCUUCGCUCUUUUCUUUGUCAUAACGUUCACAGAUCCGCCCCGGACAGGGCCACGGUUAGCUCUGGCCAGACUGCUUUCAGAACAGCGCUGUGGUCCUGGCCAGUUUGCCUGCCGUAGUGGGAGGAUGCAGUGUAUCCCACUGAGCUGGCAGUGUGAUGGCUGGACUGCCUGUGAAGACAAGAGUGAUGAGAUGGACUGUCCCCCUAUGAAGGAGGAGCGUUAUCGCUAUGGCAACGGCUUUGAGCAGGUGGAGGAUGUGAUGGGCAUAGCUCAGCCAGUGCGCUUCAACAAGAAGUGCCCGAGUGGCUGGCACCACUACGAGAAGACUGCCAGCUGUUACAGGGUGUACCUGCGCAGUGAGAACUACUGGCAGGCCGUGGACACGUGCCAGCGGCUCAAUGGCUCCCUCGCUACCUUCGGCACCAAUGAGGAGCUGCAGUUUGUCCUCAGGAUUGAGCUCGACUUUGACGAGAAAGUGUGUGAGCGCAAAGACCAGUGCAAUUUCUGGGUGGGUUAUCAGUAUGUUCUCACUAACCAGAGUCACUCCCCGGGGGGCCACUGGGAGGUAGCACAUAAAGGUGCGCUGCAAGUGUUCCUCCCUCCCGAGGGCCUGCCCAGUCUGGACAGGUCUGCGUCCCAGGAUGAUGUGUUCUGCGCUCAGCUCCAGCGGUUCCACAACAGGAACAUGAACGAGCGCGGCCUGCACAGCUGGCACGCAGACAACUGCUACAAGAAAUUCCCCUUCCUGUGCAAGAGGAGGCAGACGUGUGUGGAUAUCAAAGACAAUGUGGUGAGUGAGGGGUACUACUUUACCCCGAAAGGUGACGACCCCUGUCUGAGCUGCACGUGUCACCAGGGCGAGCCAGAGAUGUGUGUCGCCGCCCUGUGUGAGAGGCCACAAGGCUGUCAACACUUCCGCAAGGACCCUAGAGAGUGCUGCAAGUUCACCUGCCUAGACCCGGAUGGCAGCAGUCUGUUUGACUCCAUGGCGAGUGGCGUGCGUCUGAUCGUCAGUUGUAUCUCCUCCUUCCUCAUCCUCUCUCUGCUGCUCUUCAUGGUUCAUCGUCUCCGUCGGCGACGACGCCAGCGCAUCGACACACUGAUCAGUGGAAACUUGCAUCACUUUCACCUGGGCCGCCGCGUGGCCGGGUUCGACUAUGGGCCUGAUGCUUUCGGGACUGGCCUCACCCCCCUGCACCUCUCAGAUGACGGGGAGGGAGGGGCUUUCCACUUCCAGGAGCCACCGCCCCCUUAUGCCGCCUAUAAAUACCCCGACAUGCAGCACCCAGACGACCCUCCACCCCCAUACGAGGCGUCCAUUAACCCAGACGGCAUCCUGUAUGUGGACCUUGGACGGGGAGGUCCACGGGUGACUGGAGAAGCAGUUACACACUGCAGAAACAUUUAUUCAAGCCUCUCCGACACUGCACGUCCAGCCAUGCUCUGGAGGAGAGGGAGGAGUCUAUUGACAGCAGUACCCUGCUGGUGGCACCUGACACACCCACAGAAACUGACAUGAGCCAGGACUCUGCCCCUGAUUCUACCAGCACUGUCUCUCUAGGACCUGCCUCACUCAGCACUGUAGUGUAAGGAGGAAGGAGAGGGCGGAUAAGGGUGGGGCUUGAGCACAGGUGGGCGGAGCCGUUCAGGUCAAAAACGCUCCUGUCUCAAGAUGAUGUUUUAAUCCAGAAAUGCUGGAUGCCUGUUUUGUACAGAAUGAAGAGACUGAGCAGUGGUGGAUGCACUAGAAUGGGGACGGGGGGAUGGGGGUGUUCUCACAGUCUUUCUCAGACUUUCACAUUUAUCUUGUUUUUGUUCUGUAAAUACAGCCGCUGCUCCUAGAUGAGGGGUUGGUUGGUUUGGAGGGCACACACACCUUAACAUGCACACGGAGGGCACACACAUCCUAACAGAUUUGUAAAGUUCCCCUUCACAUCUGGAGGACUUUCUAGCUACUUCACUGGUUUCCUGAAUAACUUGGUCAUGCAACACUAACACCACCACCUCCUGAACCCUGCCAAACCACCCUCACACACACACUUAGCUACCAACACUAAUGACCUCCACCCAUGUGCCCACCCCUUAACAUACCUUGGUAAUCUCCUGGCCUGUUCCUCUGCCAAUGCAAUGCAAUUGACAGAGCACAGAUUGGGUGUGCCUUUGAGAGGGUGGGUGUGGCCUUGGGAGAGUGGGCUUGGCCUAUCAGCAUCCUCUCUAGUGAUCACUCUGCAGCAGUGGACCAACCCCUGAUCCCUGGUGUGAACUGGCUUUCCAGCCGGCUCUGAGAGUCAUAGGGGGUGGAGCCUGCUCUGAGUCACAGCUGAGUCAGCUCUGCUAAAGCUCAACAGUAUGAUGGGUGUGUAACCUCAGACCUGGACCUGAAUGGACCAGGUUUCAGUCCCAACAGUACUGCAGGUCCUGCAGCAAAGACCUGGAAUUGUCCACCUUGGAAUUGUCUCUCUAGAGGAUGUCCGGUGAUUAUGCUCUCAGACGCUCCUAUCCAGAGUAAAAAGUUAAUGAUUUUGGAUCUAAACCUGGCCUAGGAUGUCCAAGCUCUGUGUGUGUGUGGGGUGUGCGUGUCUGUGUGUGUGUGUUAUAAGAUGUUUUUUGCUUAUCAUUUUGAUGUAUAUUACUGAUAAAUUACUAGUUUAUUAUUUUGUAGUAAGUGUAUGUAUAUUUGUGGCACAUAGGAAAUCAAGUUUGUUCGGCUUAUGGUGUUUGUUUUGAAGGCUGCAUGCUUGUAUCUGACAUUAAUUUCCACAUUACUGAUGAAAAUGAUUUUGGAAUAUGUGAGAUAAUGAAGUGUUGACAUCAGCAUGUGAAUAUCCAUGAAAAUGAGCUUUCAUGUGUUUGUCAACAAAAAUCCACCACAGCCUGGGUCAUGGCACCACUGUGGCCAGUCACUGCUACUUGGGUUAUUUGCUGCCCGCUUGGAUAACACUUGUGAAAGUUCCUGUUUUUAUAGAAGGGGCUCUGUGUUGCCCCCAGCCAACUCCACCCUCUGGACAGCUGACAAUCAUCUCACUCAAGCCUGGCAGACUCCUGUCCAACGUUUUGACUUGCUCUAGUCUUGGAAAGUGCUGAUGUGUGUCCAAAGGUCAUCUGACCCACCCCACCAGCAGGCCCUUGUACUUAAGGCCCUCUGAUUGGUCAGCAAAGACAAUCUUCUGUCAAACAAAUUAUUUUUCUUUCUGCGCAUAUGGAGGAUCAAGGGCAGGGAGGAAAGGGGGCGUGGUGUGCACCUGAACAGUACUGGCUCUUGGACGUUUGUACCUUUCUCUUGUCUUUCUAUUCCCUUACCUGCUGUGCAUGUCUCUCUCUUCUUUGGGCAUGUAGGGGUUAAUAUGUCUGCUUCCUCCAGUCCUCCUGCUGGCAGAGUCCCCAGCUCUCACCCACCCAACCCCACAAACCCUGUCCAACUGCUACAUUUACAACAAACUUUUAAAAGUAGUUCAUUUGUAGUUGUGCAAUAAAAAUGGUUUUAUGUAAAAUGCUA